CUUUUGUUUAAUUCUUUCCAAAUUAAUGUGAAGAUUAUGUUUGAUAGAAUCUUAUUGGGAAGACAAAGUGUGUGAAUCACAUUCAACAGAGUGGGAGAAAAGGUGAAGAAAUUUAAGAGAGGAUUUUGAAGGAUGAAUGAUAGCUCAGCUAGAGAAAUGAAUGAGAGACAACCUCAAAGGCCUUGUGGUUGUGUGGGCAUUUUCUUUCAGCUCUUUGAUCGGAAGCGUAGAUUUGCCAAGAAGCUGUUUCCAAAGAAACUGCUUUCACCAGCUUGCUUGAAACAAGCUUCAAAAAAGUUUGGAGGGGAUGAGAAGCAACCAAAGCUUCGUUUAAUUGCUGAUGAGAAUAGUGGGGGUUUUCCAAAUGCAAAGAAUAAUGGAAUGACCGAUACACAUUGUGAAAGAAAGCGCGAAAUGAAAGCUUCAAAUUUGGUUGCUAGGCUCAUGGGUUUGGAUUCGAUGCCAGCAGGAUCAGGCAGGAAGCCCCAAAAGGCUUCAGGUUCUAAAACUUGGAGCAAUGUGGCAGACAAACUUGGUGCUCGACCUGGCGGACCUGAUAAAGAAGAUAUGGAUUUUGAGAUGGCCGAAAUAAAGAGUUCAAAACCAGGUUUCCAAAGGUUUAGAGCUAAAUGUGCUCUCACUUAUCUUACUAGAUAUUUUUUUCCUUUGGAAGAUGAAGCAGAUUUAGUUGGGAAUUCACUUGAUCACCAUUCAACUGACAGCUACCUCUCCAGCAGUCCCAAUAGUAGCUUAAAGGACAAAGUGCUUGCUGAAUCAGUGGACUCUGUUGAUGAUGAACCACUCUUUCCAGAACCUGAUAGAGAUCUUUCGGAUUGUGAGACCUCAUUAUCCACCAGGAGGAGUUGCAGAGAACUGAUUUAUAACGUUUCUGGAGUGCUCAGCAAGAUUGAUCAGUUAAAAGGAAGCAAACUCAGCUACGCAAAAUAGGUCAUUUUGAAUGCUGAACUCAUAUUUGGAACUACACCUCAAUAGCAGGCUCUACCUGUAGAGGAUGGGUUCUCUGUGAGCCAUUUUCUCCUAAAUGAACAAGAAAUAUUUUCGAGUUUUCUGUGGAUGGCUUUCGGUGAAGUGCUUGGCUGUCUAUUAGAAUCCCUAGACUCAAAAUUUUCUCUAAUCUCUGAUUCUGGAUUCAGAACCUGUACCAAAGUACCAUCAAGUAUGACCAAAGAGAUUCUGAUUGCUGAUAUUAUUGAUGAGGUCGAAGAGUGGACACAAUUUGUUGGUUUGAUCCCAGACGAGCUAAUAGAAUGGGAUAUGAGCCAUUCUUUGGGGAAAUGUACGGACUUCGAGAUCGAAGAAUAUGAAUGUGGCACUGAAGUUGCUAGGCAUAUUCUCCAAGAAUUAGUAGAUGAAGUUGUUUUAGACCUCUACAGUUCUAGCUAAAUUUGGUGGAACUGUUAGUAGCUCCUCUUUUUGAGACUUUGUUCCAAGCCUAUCAGUGCUGUUCUCAUGUGAUAACUCUUGACUCAAUAAUUUCAAGCACAGUAUUUUGUACAAAUCAUGGAUUCUGCAUCUGAUUCGACUUAUUGUACUUGUGCUUUUGCAUUUAUGAAUAUUAAGAACAAUCCCUUCG